UUUAUUUUUUGGUGAGGGAGAUUCAAGAAUAAUUAAGGAGGCCAUAUUGAUGUGAUCAUUUGAAAAGGUCAGAAUUUCACAUGGAGGCAUUUCAUGCAGUUAUGCCUUUUGGAAGAUGCCAAGUAUAUCUCCUAUCAUAUCACUUAUCUCUAGUUGAUUCCAGAUUAAUUUACUUAAUACUCCUUGGUUAAUCAUGGCCAGUAAGUGGCAGGAUUUUAUUUUUUAUUAAUGCUAGUAGCUAUAUUAUUAUUAUUAUUAUGUUAAAUGACUGUUAUCAUUUGUUUUGAUGAGUUUUAUUUAUAGUACGUAUUAUUUUUUGAGUAUGGUAAUUUCUCUUUGUUUCUAGUUUCUUUACUCUUUUUUUUCGAGACCGUUGUUGUUGUUAUUUAUUUUAGCUAAUUAAGAUGAUUUUAUUAUUAUUUUCUCUCAUGCUAUCCUUAAGGAUUGUUUGGGACGAGGAAUAAGAAAUAGUACUUUCAAGAUAAAAUGUGAGAUCAUGUUAUUCCGCAUUUGGCAUAUUAAUUAGUUUUGAAAUUAUUUAUCUUACCGUCUACACUAUGAUGAUGGCACAAAUUAUCCUCUAGAUAUGGUGAAUCCCCUCGGAUAAUUUUAUUUAUCUCAUACCAAACCAAAGCAUCCUUUAGGACUAGUCUGGCAUGAAUGGAUAAGAAAUAACUAAUUACGAAAUUAAUUUUAUAUUAAGUUUACUCAUAUUUGAUUGAAAUGCAAUCAGGAGAUAACUUAUUACGAAAUAGUUAUCUCGAGAUUAUAGUGAUUUCAUCACACAUUGAAGUUGAAAUAAAAAUUUUAAAAUAAUUAAUUUUAGAAUAAUUUAUUUCCUGUCCACAAAUCCCAAUUAAAUAACAUUAAUAAUAAUUAAACUUAGAAUUCUAAAAUUUCAUUAACAAGGAACUAUGAUAAGGUAAUGUUUUUUAAAGUUUGCCAUAUAUUUAAAUAGUACGAGUAAUAAAUUUCUCUCCCCGGUCGGGCAUUAAUAAUCUUUCCGAAUUAGAACAAAGAAUAAGUAAAUUUAUGUUUACAGAGGCACAGUGCUCCUAAUUGGUUCAAUCAUAGAGUAGUUGUUAAUUUCCUGUUCUGUUUGGACAAGGCUUUCUCUGUCUAUCAACGAAGAGGGGAACAUCUGCAACUGCUUCUUCAUAUUGCCUAAGUCAAAGUAUAUUCUUCUAUUUUCCACUUCUUGAUUUUGAGUUCCUCAGUAUCUUUUUGCUACUCCCUUUUUUUGUACCUAUAUAUAAAAGUUUUGACUUUUUCCCUAGGAAUCCUAUUUCAAGAUUCUUGAAUUUAAGCUCUAAGUAUCAUUUAUAGAGUUUCUUUUAAAUUGUUACCAAAAAUUAAUUGGUAACUGUAAUUUUCUGAAUUGGGAUUAUCUGGAUUUUUCAAAUCUGAAGGUCCUUAUAAGACUUGUAAAGUUUUAAUCUUGAUUAGAUCUUGAACUGAUUUUGAGGGUUUUGAUAGAGGUUCUGGAAGCUUCUUUUGUGGUUUCAAGCUAAAAAAUGGAGCCCCCAUUUUCUGAAAGUCAGGCCAAUUUUUAUUAUAGUCGUCAUUACCUUGAAUAUGCUGUUUUGCCAUUGUUGAAACUCCUAUGUUUAACUGUUAUUGGCUUGAUUCUUGCACAUCCAAGAACCCAAUUAGUUCCUAAAGCUACUUUUAAGCUCCUUAGCAAGCUUGUGUUUGCUCUCUUCUUGCCUUGUACCAUCUUUAUUCACCUUGGUGAGACUAUUACUGUCAAGAAUUUUAUACGCUGGUGGUUUGUACCGGCUAAUGUACUUCUCAGUACUGCAAUUGGUUGUCUAUUGGGGUACUUGGUAACGAAAAUCUGUAAGCCUCCUCCAGAGUACUUUAGGUUCACUAUCAUUGCGACUGCGUUUGGGAAUACGGGCAAUUUGCCUCUUGCUAUUGUUGGAUCAGUGUGCCAUAGUGAUGACAAUCCUUUUGGUCCAGAUUGCUACACGACUGGUGUGUCUUAUGUGUCGUUUGCUCAAUGGGUGGCGGUGCUGCUUGUUUACACUCUUGUUUACCAUAUGAUGGAGCCCCCGAUGGAGUACUUUGAUGUUGUUGAUGAUGGCGGUGAGAUUCAGGAGCCAUUACCUAGUAAUGAUCUAAGUAGGCCACUUCUAGUGGAAGCUGAGUGGCCUGGUAUGGAAGAUAGAGAAACUGAGCAUUGCAAGACGCCCUUUAUUGCACGGGUUUUUACAAGUUUCUCAACCCUUUCACAUAGUUCUAUUCCAGACCCUGAUAGCUUGGAGGAAGUGCCAGCUCCAACGAGUCCUAAAUCUAUUAGAUGUUUAGCAGAGCCCCAGGUGGUUAGAAGAUUAAGAAUUGUUGCUGAACAAACUCCAGUUCGCCAUGUUCUCCAACCCCCAAUGUUGGCAACAUUGUUGGCUUUUAUUGUUGGAAUGGUUACACCCAUUAAAUCUGUUGUUUAUGGUGACGCGGCUCCUCUUGCGUUCAUCACAGACAGUUUACAAAUUUCUGCUCAAGCCAUGGUGCCUUCAGUUAUGCUGAUUCUAGGAGGAAUGCUUGCUGAGGGUCCAAACGAAUCUGAACUUGGUCUUCGAACCACUGUUGGCAUCACCGUUGCUAGACUUUUGGUCCUUCCUUUGGUGGGAUCCGGGGUGGUCUAUUUGGGUGAUCAACUGAACUUUUUAAUCCCUGAUGAUAAGAUGUACCGGUUUGUUCUUUUGCUGCAGUACACAACACCAAGUGCCAUCUUGUUGGGAGCAGUUGCUAGCUUGAGAGGUUAUGCAGUCAAAGAAGCUUCAGCGUUGCUCUUCUGGCAACACGUUUUUGCUCUGCUCUCUGUUUCAAUAUACAUUAUUAUCUACUUCAAGCUUCUGCUUUCUUAUGUCUGAGGCGUAUGCAGUGCAACUACUACUUUUAUGAAGCAUCUAUCCAUCUAGAAUGGACUCUGUCUGUUGACCUCACAGGUUUAAAGGGGUUCAAGUCCCCGGCAAAGAAGUUUCGAUAUACCUGUCAUAUCAUAUGUAUGGUAAAAACAGGUACCGUCCAAGUUUGAGUUGUGGCCAAGUUUCACUAUAUGCUCUCUCCGGGGAGCUUUGGAGGAUGGAGCUGAGGCUCAUAUAUAGUAUUUUCUGGAGUCAAUCUACUCUUCGAAUUAACAAGCACAAUGGACGAAAAACUGAAUUACAAUACCCGAAUCAGGGACAUACUUGCUUUUAUGUCUCAAAUUCUCAAAGCCAAAUCAUGUGAAAUGGAACCAUGUACUCAUAUUCAGUGGGUCGUGGCAACAAGGCCAUUAUGUCACUUAUAGUACCCCGUCAUGUAUUUAAGGCAUCUGCAAAUGUUUCUAUUUGUAGCUCGAUGGAAACUGUACAGGUCUUUGCUAGAGUGCGACUAAAUGAGCAAUGUGAAACGUGCUCAAAAUUAGCAUGACAUUAUUAUCAACUUUUUUCGUUUGGACAUGCAAACUUUACAGUUCGA